AUGAUGGCGUCUGUGAUCUUCAGGUCCCGCUCCUCAUCCAGGUGGGCCAGCACGACUGCCCAAAGAAGACCUGCUCUGGCCCAUGCGGUACAGGUUGCUCUCGAGCUCCAGGGCCUUGAUCUAGAAGAGGAGAGCUGGCCGCUGACCACAUGCCACCCCAGCCACCACGGGGUCCUGGAGAAGGGCCAAGGCCCUGGAUCGGGCUUAUGCUCUGCGGACGGACUUCUCCUGGUGCAGGGAAAGUGGGGUGGAGGGACGCCAGGAAGGGGGCGGGAGGUGGUCAGCACGGGCCAGGUAAGGAGUCAGACUUGCAGAGAAACACAGAACCCGGGCCCUGAAGGGAUCUUACCUGCUGGCAUCUCUUUCCCCGUGCAUUUCUAA